GCGGGAGGUGAUUCUCGGAGGGGCCGCUCGCGGAGGUUGGUUGACGGUGAGCGAAUGUCGUCAUGAGCGGGUACUAGAAGGAGUUUCUUUGAUGAGGAGGAAGCUGCAGGGGACUCGGAUUAAGAGCUCCUUGGUCGUUGCGAGUGAGAGGGUUGAUGGCGGCGCUGCUGCCCCCGUUUAAAGAGACAGGCUCCUCAGAAGCCCAAUGUGAUCGCCGUCGCCUCCACUGCGAGGGAGUGGAGGGAAAGUGUCGGGUAACUGACUGAUCACGGUGGAGAUACUGAUAGCUGUUGUCUGUGUCCUUAUGGAGAGCCGCCCUGCCUCCUUAUCGUCCCGGGCCCUUUCUUGAACUGUGUUUAUCAGCCGAGAGGUCGUAACCUCUGAACCGCCCCGCUUAGGAUGCUACGGUUGAAAUUCCAAGUCACUACUUUUCCAUUUUUGUGGUGGAGCUUCUAAUAAAUCUGGCGAGAAGAGUCUAUGGCAUGAAUUUAUAACAACACAUUUCCAGUUGAAAAUGAGCAUGCUGACCCUUCCUGUGAUAAAGUAAAAUACAAUACCAAGAGGACAGCAUGGCUGCUACUGCUGCUGUCAGUCCCAGCGAGUACCUGCAGCCCUCUGCCUCCACAGCACAGGAUUCCCAGCCAUCUCCCUUGGCCUUGCUUGCAGCAACUUGUAGUAAAAUUGGGCCCCCAGCAGCACAGGCCCCCAUAAGCAUUACACCUGCACAACCAACCACAAGAAGACUUCUCCCAAUUAAACCAGCACCAAUUGCACCAGCGCCUCCCAAAAACUACAGUUUUAUUCCGGCAAAAGGAAGUGUCAUCCAGAUCCCUGCUGCCCUGGGCUCGCCACAGACUGCUGCUCCACUUCUGUUUACCAUUCAGAACCCUGCUGUCCUUAAUAAAACAAAUCGCUCAAAUGCCAACAUCCAGUACCAGGUGGUUCCACAGCUCCAAACCACUGGUGGCCAGACGAUACAGGUUGCCAGUUUGCCUCAGAGUGGACCCAGUCAGAUUCAGAUCAUUCCUGCUACCAAUCAAGCCAUUAUUACAACGCAGCCUGCUGCCACCCCAACAGCAGUGGCAGCUACACCACAAAAGACACUGGCCAUCAAGCCUUCACAGAAGGGACAAAAUACGGCCAAUAUCGUAAAACUACCAGGGGGCUUAACAUUACCUCUAAACAACCUCAUAGGUGCUGGGGAAAGUGGAACAGCACAGAUAAUCACAGAAGCCACUCCUGUUUCACCAACAAAAACCUCAAGGAGAUCACGAAAAAAACUGGCAGUAGCUGCCACGCAGCAGUCUCCUCCUGCAGCAAUGGCUGUGACGGAGCAGGUGGAAACCCUGUUGAUCGAGACCACAGCAGACAACAUCAUUCAGGCGGGGAACAACCUUUUGAUUGUGCAGAGUCCUGGAUCAGGUCAGCCUGCUGUGGUCCAGCAGGUACAGCUGGUACCGCCAAAGCAGGAGCCUCAAGUGGUACAAAUUCCACAACAGGCCAUUAAAGUUGUGCAGGCUGCUUCAGCAACGCUCCCCACAGUCCCCCAGAAGCCAUCUCAGAAUGUGCAGGUGCAGACAUCCGAGUCUACACAGGUCCUCAUCAAGACAGCAUCUGGUGAGUGGCAAGCUGUUCAAGUACAGGAAGCCAUGAUGUCCCCAACCUCCUCUCCAACCAGUUCUGGUGGAUGUGGCACAGCAAUGAGUUUGUCCUCGGGGAGCAGCAAGAAGGGAAUGUCUGGAGUACGGAAAGAGAGGACCUUCCCAAAAAUUGCUCCUGCAGGAGGAUUAAUCGCACUCAAUGCAGCACAGCUCACCACAGCACAGGCUCUCCAUACUAUAAAUAUAAAUGGUGUUCAGGUGCAGGGUGUGCCUGUCACCAUUACAAGUGCAGGAGGACAACAGCACUUGACUGUGCAGACCGUCUCUGGAAACAACUUGACAAUCAGCAGCCUGAGUCCACCACACAGCAACCAGCUGCAAGUAGAGCAUGCACUAGCUCUAGAGAUCCAGCCAGGGGAAAAAAAACGACGCAUGGCCUGUACUUGUCCCAACUGCAAGGACUCAGAGAAAAGGCCAGGAGAUGUGGGCAAAAAGAAGCAUAUAUGCCACAUACCAGGCUGUGAGAAGACCUUCAGAAAAACCUCCCUGCUCCGGGCACACGUACGACUGCAUACAGGAGAGCGGCCCUUUGUUUGCAACUGGGUGUUCUGCGGGAAACGUUUUACGAGGAGUGAUGAGCUGCAAAGACAUGCCAGGACACACACAGGUGACAAACGAUUUGAGUGUUCACAAUGCCAGAAACGUUUCAUGAGAAGUGACCACCUCACCAAACAUUACAAAACGCAUAUGAACACCAAGAACUUGUGAAACUGCUGUAAAGGAAAUAUAAGGGAAACAAACUGCUCUUCUUAGAGUCACGAAAACUGGUGUUCAUUUUCUGUGGAAGGCCAAACGUGCCAGUAGCAGAUCUUCCUCAUAAUGCUGAUUCUUUCCACAUCACUUGAGCAAGGCUUUGCAAAAAAAAAAAAAGAA